UGUGGAUUUGCCGGUCAGAGGCAGUGCCUUUACAACGUUCUCGCAGACGAUAUGGAUGGAAUUAACAAAUACAAUGAAUUUGUGGCUCUGCACAAACCACAACUAGAAUCUGCUGCAAUUCCUGUGCAUUUCUGGCCAGCACUUUAUCGCAAGCUUUGCGCGGAUAUCUUUGAUGCUGGCGAAGCGCUGCAGUUAAUGCUCAUCGACUACGAUGAGGUUGAUGAAGAGGAGGACGAUGACGACAAUUCAAAACCAGCAUUUGCUUUGGAGGUAGCACGCGAACAGGGCAUCAAGGCAAACGAUCCCACGGCUAUAUAUCUAAUAGAUCAUGCCUGGACAUUUCGCUGGAGUACCGCACGCCAGCAAUUGGAGAGCUAUCCACAGCUGACGGAUAGAUUGUGCGCCAUCACGGGCGUUGAUCUGGAGCAUGAGCAACGCAUCGAUAAGGUAAUGAGACGUGUAUGGAGAUACUGUCAUGCCUACACCAUUGCCAGCGAAGGAUUGACCGACGAGCAACGUCUGCCCAUAUGGUAUGUGAUGGAUGAAGUCGGUUCAGCGGUCAAUCAUUCGGACGAGCCUAACUUUCGUCUAGUGCCACUGCUGUACCUCACUAAUCACAUCACCUACAGCUUACUGUUUCCCAUACGGGAUUCGGUUCAGGGCACUCCAGUGACUCGAGACUUUGCCGAAUAUGUGGCCAAGGAUGCGCCACAGCGCCCCGCCUUGCUGCUGCCCUGGCGGGAGACUGAUUUGAGCGGGGAAAGUUUCCUGCAGGUAGAGCCAAGUGCUGAUUACUUUACCAGUGGCCACAUACCCGAAUCGUAUCCACACGAGGAUGAGACCUUGCCAACACCUACUCCACCUGCUCGCUGUGAUCCCCUAAAGGUCUACGCUCAAUAUGAUGUGCUACGCGAGCAUCUAACAGCGUCUGAAUUUGAGGUAGUCGACAGCCAGGAGGAGGCGGAUGUGCUCUGGCUCACCACUCACUAUAAAAAUUUCGCCGAAUUCGCUAGGGAUACGCCGCACAAGUUCGUAAACCAGUUUCCUUUUGAGUAUGUCAUAACCAUCAAGGAUCUGCUGGCUAUUGUGGGACGUCGUGCCGCUCAAGAACAUCAUAAUGCGGCUACAUUGGAGACUUAUCCGGCCUGGCUGCCUACCACGUACAAUUUAUCCACCGAGCUGAAGGAAUUCGUGGCUUAUUUUCAGAGUAGAGCAGCAAAGCGUUUGGAUAACCACUGGAUUAUCAAGCCCUGGAAUCUGGCACGUGGUCUCGAUACCCUCAUCACGAAUAACAUUAAGCAAAUUGUGCGUUUGCCUAUAACCGGACCAAAGAUAGCCCAAAAGUACAUAGAGCGGCCCGUGCUGUUCAAGCGUAAGGAAAUCGAUGCCUUGGUCAAAUUCGAUGUGCGCUACGUGGUGCUGCUGAAGCGUGUGAAGCCCCUAGAGGCUUACGUGCAUCGCAAGUUCUUUUUACGCUUUGCCAAUCACGCCUUCUCCUUGGACAACUUUGACGACUACGAGAAGCACUAUACGGUAAUGAAUUACCAGGAGGAUGCACAGCUGCAUCACAUAGAAUGUGAUGAUUUCUUGAGCAUGUGGCAAGAGCAAUAUCCUCAGCACGACUGGGCCGCUCUGGAGGAUCUCAUCUGUGAGAUGCUGCACGAGGUGUUGCAGUGCGCUAGCCAGGAGCCACCACCUUGUGGCAUAGCGCCCUGUGCCCAAUCGCGAGCACUAUAUGCUGCCGAUAUAAUGCUGGCAUGGCCGAGCCGGGAGGAGACGGAGACGCAGAUGGACAUGCAGCCAAAGCUGUUGGAGAUCAAUUGGACACCCGAUUGCAAGCGAGCUUGCGAUUACUAUCCCGAUUUCUUCAAUGACAUCUUCAAACUGCUAUUCCUCGACGAGCAGAACGACAAAACCUUCCGCUUGCUAACACCAAAGGAUCAAAACAUAUAAAUAUGUAUAUAUAUAA